AUGGUAAUCUCGGCCGAGCCGCCCCCCCCGGAUCCCGUCGCCGAAGCCGCGGCGGUGGAGGCGGCGGCGGCCGCGGCCACGUCGAACGCCCGCCAGGCCGCCGCGUUCUCCUCGUUCCCGUCGCUCAAGGCGUGGGGGAGCCACCGGGCCCUGCGCUGCGCCCACGUCAACCGCGCCGGUGACGCCACCGCCAGGCGCUCCCCGGGUAAGCUCGCCGUGGUCGAGGAGAAGGCGCUGAGCCAUCUCCACGAGGUGGAAGCAGGGAGCAGCGACGCCGCCGACGCGGACCACGUGGCGGCGGCGGAGGAGGCCGCCGCCCCCGCCUUGCCACCGUGGAAGCUGCGCACCCGGCGGCGCUCCAAGGUGGCGGCGCCGUCCGCGAGCAUGUCGCCGCCGCCGCCGCACGAGCGGAGGCCGUCGCGGGCCUGCGCGGAGGCCCUGGACCGGGCGCGGUUCUCCGUGACGCUCACGAGCGAGGAGAUCGAGGAGGACAUCUACUCCGUGACGGGCGCGCGGCCGCGCCGCCGCCCUAGGCGGCGGCCUCGCCGCGUGCAGAAGCAGCUCGAUAUGCUAUUCCCCGGCUCGUGGCUGUCGGAGAUCACCGCCGAGACCUACCGGGUGCCGGAUGACCAGUGA